AAAGAGCACUAUAAAAUGAGCACAAGAACUUCCAACCGAUAAAUCCGUUUUCACUUUCGUCAAGGUUCCAUCUUUCAAAUUCCUGAUUGAAAACAGGCUACCCAGAAGAACACCAAAAGAAACAGUAUGAUCAGUCUCGCGGGUAAACUAUCCAGAGCCACGAGAAAUGUCCUAGGCCCCUCCUUUUCCCUUCUUAAACCGUCACUGCUGCCACCAAUAAAAUUAGCGGCGCCACCUCCGAUCUAUUUUUAUGCAAACAAUUCCACUUUUACAGCCAACCCGGUUGCCCUUGAAAUGAUAAACUACGCUAUGUCUCUUGCCCGUGGACAGAAAACAGAAGACUCGUAUGGGAGAGGACUACUAGUAUUGGAUCAGUGCGAGUCGACUCAACCCGAUGACAAUUCUAAGGGUUUGGUUGAACUAGCCCGUUCAACCUUAUUGUUAGAAAGAGGGUCCUAUGAGGCGGCCAUUGAGAGACUUGAGAGAAUUCAAGACUUAAGCUUGCCUUCUGUUGCUAUUAAAGUUGCUGCUUCAGAAGCUUUAGUGGGACUUUAUCUAGAACAAUAUCGAGAGGAUGCUGCAUCAGUAGUUGCAGAUAUAGCCUUGCAGAUUUUGGAAACAAUCAGACUAGAGAUUGGUAAUGUGAGUGGCUUCGAGGUUCUAGAGGCUCGUGUUAAAGCAUUAAAAGGCCUAGUUGAGCUGAUGUGCGGUAAUCUCGACUCAGCGCAGUCAUUUUUUGAGGGAGCUCAGGCCGAUCGAUUUUGCAUUGGCAAUGCUGCUCUUUCUUAUGGUGAAUUCCUUCAUGGCAUGCGGAAGUUUUCAGAUGCAAAAGAGUUGUAUCAGAAGGUAAUUCGGGGAUUGUCUGAGAUUAAAGAUGUUGGUGAUCCAAACAACCUAGGAGCUUGUAACAUGACCUCAGAGGAAGUUGUGGUAGCGGCUACUUGUUCUUUAGGACAGCUUGAAACCCAUAUGGGGAAUUUUACUGAUGCAGAGGAGAUGCUGACUGCAACACUGAAGAAAACAGAAGAUCGCUUUGGUGCUCAACACCCCAAGGUUGGUGUUAUUUUGACGUGCAUAGCUCUCAUGUAUCGACAUAAAGCAGCAAUGGAGCACUCAAGUUCUCUUCUAAUACAGGAGGGUCUUUAUAGAAGGGCAAUUGAACUACUUAAAGCUCCACCUUUGGAGAUUGAUGGUUCCAGUGAAAAGGUGGACAGGAAAGACAUAAUUGCCCUUGCGAGAGGUGGUUAUGCAGAAACACUUCUUGUGCAACAGUCUAGAAAAGCAGAAGGGGAGAAACUGAAACAUUGGGCGGAAAAUGCAUGGAGAAACCGAUGGAUGUCACUGGCAGAUGCAUUGGAGUUAUCCGAGUCUUCUCCCAAGGUGCCAGUGAUAGAUGCUCGAAUAUGCAGGGUCGUGUAGUUUCCUGCAAGUUUUUCAACGCCAGUAAAAUGUUUGAGUUGGAGCAUUGCGAGGAUUGUCAUGGCUUUACAUCUCUUUAUUCCUAAUGUGUUAUUGCAACAUGAAAGUUUGUAUGAUGCAUAUCAUGAUGUUAUAACGUUAGUACUAACAAUUUAUAAUGCAGCUCUUAUUUCAGUUCCGUGCUUGUUAGUGGAUGCAUAGAGCUCAUUCGUCUAAAAACUUAAGGGCAUGUUUGGUAUGCCUGUGCUCUAUUAGGUGCAUUGUAUUAGAUUGUAUAAGGAAUAAGGAUUAAUUUAAUUC